AUGCUUGGUCAUAGAAGGUAUUCUUUGUCUAGUUCUGAGUUGAAGUGGAGUGCUUCUCAAAGACAGACAGCUCAGGCCCCAAGUGUCAUGCAAAGCUCUGAAUCAAAAAGAUCACUGAGACAAAACGGAGAUAUGUUGUGUAUACGGUUUGACACCAUACUUGAAAAGAAAGGGACUGAUCGCUUCAUCAGUCUUAGGAGCCCUGCAAACAAGUCUCUGCUCUCUGCUCUCUGCAAAAAAGAGGCUUCUUUUACUUGCCAAAUAAAUAAAUGA